UCUGACAUUCUACUCAUCAAGCAACUUAUAGUGUUUUUCAUAAUUCCCUGGAAACAGUACCAAUCAAGAUAGUAGUGACUAGUGUCCACAAAAUUCAACUUUAUAUAGCUUCUCCCUGUCGGUGUACACCAAAACUUCAGCCCCAACAUAACCAAACUUCAAAGCACAUAAAUCCUCUGCGGCCUUAUCUUCCUCAUGGGUUCUCUCGGAAUUGAAAGCUCCAAACCGGAGGUUGUUACCAUUGAUGUGGUUGCUGCCAAGGGUCUGAUCCAGACCACCCAUGUUUAUCUGGAUGUCAGGACGGUGGAAGAGUUUGAGAAAGGACAUGUGGAUACAGUGAAGAUGAUUAACAUUCCUUACAUGUUCAAUACACCGGAAGUGGAACUGGAUGUGAAAGGUUGCCAAAGUGGAGUGAGAUCUCUGUACGCAACUGCUGAUCUCCUGGCUGAAGGCUUUAAGGAUGUGAGCAACAUGGGAGGUGGUUAUGUGGACUGGCUUAAAAAUGAAUUUCCAGUGAAGGCAUCUUUAGCAAAAACGGAGUAUGAAUUUCCAGUGAAGGUGGAGGCAUCUUUAGCAAAACCGAGCCUUGAUCAGUUAUAAAUUAACAUGCAUGAUCGUUCCUCUAUGUAUUUCUGAAUGGUUUCCAUGGAUAUUAACCAUAUUAUAUUAUAUCAUAUCAUUUCAUAUUGGGUUAAACAA